UUCAGAUGGAGCAGUCAAGUUAACACGUCAAGACAACAGCCCACAACCAUUAUGAACGACAGCCUUCACUCAUAAGGACCGAUGUUUCGAACCCUGCUCACUCCUCUCGUCUCAAGAUUCGACUUGUCUCCCCGUCUAUCUCCGCGCGCUCCUAAACAGCAAAGCGAUGAACUGGCUCCAGAGGAUUUCGCUAGAGAUGUCUUGAUAGAGUUGAUGCGAAAUGCGGUUGAGAAUCUGAAGCAGGCGGAAGACUUAAAAGUUAGGGGAGAGGUGCUGUCGGAAAUACAUAAAAUAAUGUUACAGGACUCGAGAACCAAGGACGUUUUCCGGGAACUGGACGGAUUCCUCCUGCUCAUGAGCACCCUAUCCACAACCCAUCCCAGUCAAGUUACUGACCCCAAAUACACGCUAGCAAAUGCAAUAGACGAUAUGCGACUUGUUUUCAUGGCCGCGUCUGAAGCCAUGUACAACCACCCUGAAAAUACAGACCAUUUUAAUAUGUCCGUAGGUUAUGAAAAUCUGGAACACGCCGUUCAAACCCUCCUCUCUGACUCAAAUACUUCUGGAGAAACCCUGGGAUUUAUCCUCUCAUUCGCCCUACAUGACUUUUCUGUAUCUGGCUUUUUUGUGGAUCUACAACAGACUAAAUCAGAGGCUGUAGACCAAAUGCUGCUCGACUUUCGACCUCGUCUCGGGACGAUUCUCCACCCCUCAGCGAUAUUCCUCUUGCAAAAGCUUAUCUCCAGUCGAAAUCAAGACGAGCAAGAGUUGGAAACUGCGUUCAUCAAGCUUCUCGACCUUCUAACAUCGAGGAACCACCGUAAUAGAGCUGUUUUGAGCAAUGGGGAAAUCAUCCGUCCUUUGUUGAACCAUUUCCUGCAGUGGGAGAAUCAGAGUGACAGGGCUCGCGAGAGGGUCGUGGUUCAAAAGCUCUUACGCCGACUUUUGGACAUGGGCUCAAGUAGCUUGGAGGCCAGACAACUAUUCCGUCGAGCAAUCAAGGAAGACGGUACUCUGGACAUGGAAGUUCUGGAGCUUAUCAGGGCAGCAAUGAAGUCUCGAUGGCUAGAACACUUCUCUUUUCAUUCCCGUGUCGCAUUGGUUCAUAGUCAAGACGACAUAAAGGGAGUGCCUGUUACUGGGUUCACGUUCAUGGUCUGGCUUUGGAUCGAACACCUACCAACAGACAACUCGUAUGCUUUGUUUACUGUUCGCACUUCCGCCACCAGAGCUCUGGUACAAUUGAAACUGAAGCGGGGCGGGAAGCUAGAGUUUUCGUCUGCGGGCAAUCGAAACUCUGCCACCUUCGAGAAGGCCAGACUGUCUAAUGGACGUUGGACACACAUCACCUUGGUUCAUUAUCCUGUGAAAGAGAAGUCUUCCAAUUCCACCAUUCGGUUGUUUCUGGACGGUGUAUUAACUGACGCUCUCAACUGGUAUUAUCCCAAGACCGAACCAUACUUCACCGAACCUGGUCGAUAUAUAAUCGGUGACGAUAGCGAAAAUAGUGCGAGGAUGGAUUGGUGCAUGGCCUCUGCCUAUUUCCUUUCGAUCCCCCUCGCUGAUGAUGUUCCCCGUUUUAUUCAUCACCUUGGACCCCGUUACUUGGGACAGUUCCAAGAUCGCUCCCUGUCAAAAUUCUUGACCUACGAGGCCUCCACGUCAUUGAACAUGUUUCUUGUAGCGGCCGCUUCAACACAGAUAUCUAAACUCAACACUCCUGGUGGUUCAAUGCAACCAUUUUCUAUGUUGAAGGUAGUACAGGAAGGACUUGGUCUACUAGAGUCUCAGAUCAUCUUUUCCUUGACGCCCCUCAAUUGCUCAAGUGCUGGUGCUGUGUCAACCAUUACCACACGUAUAGGAGGAAUUGGAACGGCUACCAUACAGAAGGAGUUCAAGGUAGAAGGAGACGUUCAUGUGAUUAAGGCGGAAUGCUUGGACAUGACUCUCUGGAAACUUGGUGGGACAGCUGUGACACUAAGAUUAGUGCAGUUAGCUGCAAGUCCGCAUGAGUUGUCUCGCACACUUUCCAUCUUCAGUGACAGCAUAAGGAACAGUUGGUGCAAUUCGGAGGACGUUGAGCGACUGCGUGGAUUCGAAAUCCUUGGUGAUAUUCUACGUUCUAAGGCUCAAAUCAUCAACAUGACAAGUUUUGAAACCCUGUUCGAAUUUAUGGGUGUCAGUUUUCGUUCACCAGAACAGUCUACAAUCGUCAACAUUGUUGCAUAUCGAGUCUUGGCUCUUGACUUCGAACUUUGGGCCCACGCCCGCAAAGACAUCCAACGCGUUCACCUUGAACACUUCAAGACGCUUAUGGUUGAGAGUCGACAUAGGAAAUUCAACAUUAAACAACGUUUCGCCAAGCUGGGGCUAGUCCGGCGCCUUCUUUUCGCCCUUCAAACUGAUUGGUAUCAGCACGACAGCCUGCGUUUCGUUGUUGAUGCCCUUCGAAUUGCAGCAGAAACCUCAUUCACGAAAGAUGAUGCCAUCAAGCCCCUUGUGUCAUAUCUAGCUGCCAACCUUCACGGAGACACGGCCAAUGCCAUUUCUCCUCAUUCCAUAAGCUCAAGGAUCGACUACAAGGAUAACCGGGAAAAGGCCGAGCAAGUUUUGGAACAUUUGGUGUCUAUAUUAUCCAAUUCAACGGCUUAUGCAAAGUUUGGAGCUGCACUUCCUGUCACCCGCAUAUGUCUCCUUUUACUGGGUGAUAAGCCGUCCUCGGUCGUUGCUUGUCAAGUCUUACUUCUGAUCGCUAUCAGCAUCAGUACAUCAUCAGCUUUUCCAAGGAAGUUCGAACUGGUCAGUGGUUGGAGUACUCUCAAAACCAUAUUACCCGCAUGCUGGGAUCCAAGUGUGAAUGAAGCUGCUUUUGAUAUUCUUCUCGGACACAUCCAAAGUGAUGGGAAAAAGAGGACUAUUACCGCAGAGAAGGUUGUUACAUGUCCGCAUAUCAUGCCAUCCAUUCUUUCUGCAUUAAAGACAGGACUGGAAACCAUUACUCGGAAUCGUUCUGCCAGAGCUGAAGAAGAAGUUUCUUCAUGGUCGACGGAAUCCACGAUGGAAGUCCUCGUCGAGGAAAUCAUGGACCUCCAUGCGUCGAGCCCGACUUUCCGCCAGGUUUUUCAAUCUCAGCAAACUACUCAAAUUUUCGUAGAUGCAUACAGGCUCUUCGUGCAGGCGCUGGACACCGUCUCUCAGCCCGAUCAACAGACGAUGAGGAUACUCGACAAGUUAACGCAUUUGGGAUUGGCACUGGCACUUGAUAAUGCCGUUGCGGGAGCACAAAAGCGGGAGAUUCUCGAUACACUACAAGCUGCGGAGAGCCUAACUAAUCCCACGGCAGAAAAGACUACAAUUGAUCCUGAACUCGUCGCUGACACUCGAUCCAUCCGUCAGCGCAUAGCCUCAGCUAGGUUCAGCUUGCAAGUGGGGGAACGGACGGUCAUCAAGAUAAUAACGAGGAUGACGGAUUGGCGCAAAACUAUUCAAGCUUCAGAGCGAAAACGGUUAAGGAAGAAUCUGCUUGAUCUGCGAGAGAGUCGCAGACAGGUUUCACGGCUUCGGGAUUGGACACGUGAUUUAAUAGCUGAAAGAGGUUUAUGGCCAGAUCCUAACCAUCAAUCCCCACUCUGGCGCCUAGACGAGACUGAAGGACCACAGAGAGUCCGAAAGAAGAUGGAACCAACGUAUAACGAAACACUGAGCUCUGGGAUCGAACAGCAACAAGUUACUCGCAACAUCGAACUACCUGACACGGAUGAUGCAUCCGUCGUCCAUUCAGAAGUUCCGCCAUGGGCUGAAUCCUAUGAGAUAUCUUCAACAGAGAUUGAAGAUCGUCAGUUAGCGGAGGAUAUCGCGGACGACAAACAUCGUAGGGUCCGCCACGAGCUUGCUCCAGGCGAUGUCAUCGAAGCUGUUGGAACUGUAGCCCGAAUUGUGGGGGUAGAUUCUUCGCCGGGAUUACUCAUUAUUGGAAGGACUCAUAUCUACAUGCUUGAUGGAUUGGUCGAGAGUGAAGAUGGAGAAGUCAUUGACGCCCAUGAGGCUCCAAAAAGUUUAUUUUUCGUUCCUGGCAGUAUCGUUGAGCUCGAUGGUCCCCAAAGGGCUCAGAGAUGGGAACAUGACCAGAUCGUGACCUACAGUAAUAAGACUUUCCUGUUCCGUGACGUCGCCCUCGAGAUUUAUUUCAAAGAUAGUCGCUCUCUGCUCGUCGUCUUCCUCGAUAAGAAAAGACGUUCCGCGAUGGAUCAUCAUCUUUCCAACAUUGUCACCAAGCCCAAAGCAACACAUACGCCUGGCAUUCUUAGAACCCCUCUCAUUGGGAAAGUUAGCGCGCGGGUAUUAUCCGGCUUUCUUCCCGACGAGCUUUCCACAGCACAGCGGAAGUGGCAAGCACGGGAGAUCAGUAAUUUUACAUAUCUCAGCAUCCUAAAUCAGAUGUCUGGGCGUACACCAAAUGACGCCACACAGUAUCCAGUUUUUCCAUGGGUUCUCCAAGAUUAUACCUCUGACACACUUGAGCUCUCCAACCCUGUGGUAUACCGAGACUUAUCCACCCCCAUGGGAGCACUUACCGACGCGCGACGAGAUGCAGCUGUGGCUCGAUACUCAAAUCUUGAAAGUGUGGAAGAAAAGCCGUUUCAUUACGGAACUCACUUUAGUUCCUCAAUGAUUGUGUGCCAUUUCCUCAUACGAAUGGCGCCUUUCACGAACAUGUUCAAGACCUUGCAAGGAGGGGAUUGGGAUCUUCCCGAUCGUCUGUUUUUAGAUAUCGCAAGGGCGUAUGAUUCUGCAGCCCGUGAUGUUCGAGGUGACGUCCGAGAACUAAUUCCUGAGUUCUACACCUGUCCAGAGUUCUUGGAAAACUACAUGAAUCUUGAUUUUGGCGUGCAACAAAACACUGGAGAGAAGAUAAAUCAUGUAACGCUUCCGCCGUGGGCCCGACAGGAUCCACUCCUCUUCGUGAUUAUGAACAGGAAGGCACUCGAAAGCGACUACGUUAGCGAGAACCUUCCGCAAUGGAUUGACCUGAUAUGGGGAUGCAAACAGCGAGACGCGGACUCACUGAACGUCUUUCAUCCCCUCUCUUACGAAGGUUCUAUUGAUCUGGAUUCGAUAACGGACGAGCUCGAGCGUGAGGCGACUGUUGGAAUCAUCCAUAACUUUGGGCAGACCCCUCGUAAACUCUUCAAUGCACCACACCCGCAGCGAUACAACCACGGAAUUUCUUCGCUUCCGAUUGGUACUCUGCACGGGAUAGAGGAGGAUCCUCAUCUUUUAGUGCAAGGUGCCCGAGUUCUGAAAGAUUUAGGUAACGGCGUUCCCGUUGGCGAACUUGUACUGGAUACGAUUGGUGAACGGAUCAUACCCUGUCCAAAGGGCAUGUUAUGCGUCCCGUCGUAUCCUCAUGAACGAAUCGAGUGGGGACCUUCCCAUGGUGGCGGUGACCUCCGAGUAUGGGUUGAUCAGAAGACAGUCCAGGUGGUCGAAGGAGUGUCCUGCACCUGCGCUGCGUUUGCCGACUCACAUAGUCUGGUGACGGGAUCCAGUGAUUACACUGUUCGCAUGUGGAUUCUUACUCGAAGUACACGUCCGGGAACCGCCUCCUUGAAUGUUGCUCUCUCUCAUAUCCUCCGCGUACACACCGAUGAAGUGCUUUGUGUAGCUACUUCCCGUCCCUGGGCAGUAGCAGUUAGUGGUUCCCGUGAUGGAAGUGCGGCCAUUUGGGAUCUCAAUCGUGCCGUAUAUGUUAGGUCGAUCUGGCAUGGGGAAGCUGGACAUUUGACUGCAGUCAAUCUUACCGCUAUCCACGAGAGCACGGGGUACAUCGCGACUUGUUCUCGAGUUAAGUUGUGCUUGCACACCAUCAACGCAAGGCCGAUGGCUGUCCUUGACCUUACCAAGUUAUCUUCCUAUUCAACACUAUACCCAACUAUCACGGCCAUGUCGUUCCAUGAGCGAGAGUAUUCGAACCUUGGUAUUUUGGCAACAGGGGGUAGCGACGGUUCAAUCACUCUGCGGACAUGGACGGCUGACGGAACGCCUACCGGUGAGAAAGCUCAGUGGGAAUUCUUAACUGUGAGGACGAUGAAGGCACGAGCACUGGUUGGACGCAAAGCGGGUGGAAAAUUACCAGUGAUUACUGCGGUGAAAUUCAUAGGAGAAAGUCUCUGUCAUGGCGAGGAUACUGGCAGGUCGUACAUGUGGACCCUCCCCGACUAAUUCACAGACAU